AUGCAGAACCUUCUCGGAGCCUCACCACCUUCUCCAGCGCUGCCAGCGCAAAACUCUGCAGCGCCAACAUCCUCAGAUUCUCUCCCACCUACAUCGAAUCCUAGCUCGAAUCCGACACCAAACCCAACUUCAGACCCUUCUUCGCAUCCGAACAAUCCGAAUAACUACGCAGUCCUUCCUCCUCCCCCAGACGGUGACCAUGAUCAUCUUCCUCCACCAGCAAACGCACCUUCUUCUUUGGCUGUGGCCCUCCGAUCGCUAAACGAUUUGACCGAAACCCCCACCUAUGCGCGAAGUGUCACCUCGACAGCGCCGAGCUCGCCACGCAUUCCCCCAUUGCGACAAAAUUCGGGUGGUCAUACACCAAGAGUACGACCUCAUGCCACCACGCUGAACAUCCCGGGCAUGACCCGGUCAAGAGUCUCGCCCGAUGGAAAGAUUUCCUCUCGCGAUGUCGCUGCUAAGCUUGUUAUUGUCAUGGUUGGUUUGCCAGCUCGUGGAAAGUCGUACAUUACCAAGAAACUUCAAAGAUAUCUUUCUUGGCAACAACAUGAUUCCCGCAUUUUCAAUGUUGGAAACAGAAGACGUACAGCCGCGGGGCGCAGAGUUUCUGUUCAUCCAAAGCUGCAGGCUGAGCAAGAGCACAUGGACCCCCCGGUUCAUGCUGCCUCUAUUCUACUAAAUGGCAACCCUGCACCUUUCGGUCCCGAUUCAUCAGAGCCGGAGAAGCUUGAUCUUAACGAUGCCUCUCAGUCUGAGGUGGACCAGUCCGCCACAUUCUUCGAUCCCAAGAACCAGACUGCCGCUGCCAUGCGAGAGCAGUGUGCUAUGGACACUUUAGACGAACUGCUGGAUUAUUUACUUGACCAGGGAGGCGCUGUCGGCAUUCUUGACGCCACGAACAGCACCAUCGAGCGCAGAAUGAACAUUGCUAAGCGUGUUAAGCAAAGAGAGCCGAAGCUGGGUAUUCUCUUCAUCGAGAGUAUCUGCCAAGAUCCCAACCUUCUCGAAGCAAACAUGCGCCUGAAGCUUUCCGGUCCCGAUUAUCGUGACAAGGAUCCCCAAAAGUCAUUGGAAGACUUCAAGAAGCGAGUCGCCGCCUACGAGAGCGCAUACGUUCCUCUGGGCGAGUAUGAAGAGAAGAAUGACUUGCAAUACAUUCAGAUGGUUGAUGUAGGACGAAAGCUUAUCCAGCAUCGACUCAAGGGCUUCCUUAGCAGCGGAAUCAGCACUUACCUUGCCAGCUUCAAUCUCGCUCCUCGACAGAUUUGGAUUACUCGACAUGGCCAGAGUGUAGAUAACGAGCUUGGAAGACUGGGCGGAAACUCGGCUCUCACCGAGCGCGGUCAUUGCUACGGCCAAGCUCUCCACAACUUCAUCACUUACCAACGCAAGCAAUGGUGUAUGGAACAGAAGAGCAAGAAGGCCCAGGCCUCUUUCCCUCCUAUUCCAGGCGACAAUACACCUCCUUAUCCUGAGCUGAACCGAGAAAUCGAGGACAAGAACUUCUGUGUCUGGACUUCGAUGCUCGACCGCAGCGUGGAGACAGCUGAGUACUUUGAGGCCGACGACGACUAUGAUGUCAAGAAUUGGGAAAUGCUCAACGAAAUGAACUCAGGCCAGUUUGAGGGUUGGACUUAUGCUGAGAUCGCAAAGAAGGAGCCUGAGGAAUUUGCAAAGCGAGCGCAUGACAAGCUCAACUACAUCUAUCCUGGAGUCGGUGGCGAAGGCUACCUCCAGGUUGUUAGCCGUCUGCGAGAUAUGGUUCGAGAAGUUGAGCGUAUCGAGGAUCAUCUUCUCAUCAUUGGUCAUCGCUCUGUUUGUCGAGUCUUGAUGGCUUAUUUCAUGGAUUUGUCCCUGGCGGACAUCACAGACAUGGAUAUUCCUCUGGGCAUGCUCUACUCCAUUGAGCCCAAGCCUUAUGGCCUUGAUUUCCAUGCCUACCGAUACAACGAGGAUCAGGGUUGGUUCGAGGAGUUGCCCAACUAUAAACCCCAAAAGACUGCUCGCAACAGUAUCAUCAAGCCUCAACAUUAA